AUGGACUGCUUCAACAUUGCUGAUCUUACAGAAGAGGUACAUUUCGAAAAAUCGCAACGUAGCUAAAUUUUGGAAUUUGAGGUAUUCGGCCACCUGUGCAACGUCGCGCUCAAUAAAUGCAACGACAAAGGCGAGCGGAGGAAAGCCGGCUGCGGAGGUCGAGCGAUGCGGAAAAGGUGGACCAAGGAGAAGCGCGAAAAAAAAAUUUUCGAAUUAUUCCAGAGUUCUAAUCAAGAACUUUGUCUCCGACUUGUUCAAAAUGCACAAAACUGCGGAAAAUGAGGCACGCGAGGAGGGCGAGAUCCUUUCGCAGGAUGAGGUUUCACCAGAGUUUAAAUAAAAUUUGAAUAAAUUUUCAUUCCAGUACGACGAAGAUGAAGUGACCGGCAUCACCUGUGAGGAGAUCGACGAGGAAAUCGCCGAAAUCGAAGAAGACGAGGAGGAUUUCCAAAGGAGCCAUCAGUUGCCCAGCGUCAGCGAAUUCCUUGUCCGUUUUUGAUUUUUUUUUUUCUGAAAGUUUCAGUUUUUAAUUUGAAAAAUCGGAAAAGAAACGUGUAUAAAUUUUUUUAGUAUUCAACUUUUAGCUGAACUUUUUUUCGGGAAUUACUUAAAUUUUUUUUUCUUUUGCCUUGCUAUCUUAGUAAGUUUAGGCAUUGAAGCAUGUUGAUAAGCCUGUGAAUUUUUCGCUCAACGUGAGUUUUAUCGAAAAUUUUCAGUCAGGCGUUCUCGCGUCUAUUUCUUAACCAGUAUACUUGGACCAAAAAUAAGUUUUUUUUUUUGAUUGGAAUUUAAAAUUUCUCAUCUUUUUUACUACGUAUUAUCGGUUCACUGUUGGUUAUAUUCAUUCUAAUUAUGCAGUAUAGGAAUAUAUAUUUGAAUUUUUUUUAGGUAAUUUGGGAAUAUAUGGUUCUGGAUUUGAAAAGAAGGGUUGUUGAAUAAUUUUUUGAAUCGAACUUUUCCUUAUUUAACUAAAAAUUGUAUUUUUUAUUUUUAGAGCGACUGCUGGCUGCCGUCGAGCAACGAGAACUCGAUGCUCAACUCGGCCAACGUCUCCCAAGAUGACGCCGGCCCUUUCUGCGAUUUCGCGGAUCCCUUGAAUGGUCCGUAUAUGAUCGCAUUUGAUCCUAAAAGCAAACUUAUUUAUCGCUCUUUCAAAUUCUUGGUGGUGAUAGCUGUCGUUUUAAUCUUUAGUGACUUCAAUGCUUCGUUUUUUUUAUUGCGCUUACUCCAAUUUUGUUUUUCCUUAUAUAGUCUGUGUGCCACGACUUGAAAUUUCACCGAACUACGUUCCGUUGCGUGCGGUAGCGAAGCGUCUUUGCUUUUGCGGAUCUAGGUCACCUUUCCAGACUAUUUUUAUUGCUGAUAGAUGUAUCGACCCACUGCAAGUAUUUAAAGGAAAGAAACAAUUGAAAGCGCGACCGAGAUUCGCAAAGGCGCCCGGCGGAACAGCGGAAUGUUGUUCGAUGAGAUUCCAAGUCGUGGUACACAGACUAUAAUAGGACUUAUAACCUUUAUGAAAGCAAAACGAAUGAACUGAUGAUGGAUUCUUUCAGGACGAGACGGUGCUCUGAGCCGCGCCGACCACGUCUCCUCGCUGUCGAUCAUGGGCGGCGGGGUCUUGUCGCUGUACGACGUUUACUCGGGAGUCUCGGAACGGGCGACUGAAGGCGACCUUCCCUCGGCGAGCGAUCCGCUUGGAAGCAACUCCUCGCUGAUGGACUCUGUCGACCUGCCAGUCGACUCCUUCCAGAGGUUCGGCCUACCUUUUCUCGUUCUCCUCCUAAAUGUCGUCAUAAACAAUUUAGUCGUUUUUGUCGUUUUGAAAGUAUUGGAUCGGCUUUUGAGAAAAUGGAAGCUCAUUACGUGAAAUGGAGUGCUUAAAGGUGCUGAAAUUUGAUUUUGGAAAAAAAUUACUCUUUUUGCGGCUUCAAUCUGCGCCUUUAAACUUUGCCAGCUGUUGUUCAUACCGUGUUCAAAAUAAUUACCGCGAAAUUUAAAUUUAUAAAUGUCUCUCUAAAAUUUACUCAGCUUUCUUACUCUGAUGACUAUAUUAAGUUGCGCGGAAUCAUUUUGGACACGGCAUGAAUGAGUGUAUAAAGUGUAAAAACCUUUUCGUGAUUUUUUCAAACUGUUGUUUUCUCGUGUUCAAGCUUCCAUGCGUUAACUUAGGAUAAACUCUCUGCGGGUUCUUUUUGUGCUCUCAAGGUCUCACGGUUCAAUUCUAGAUUUGAAAUGAUCUCGCCCCCAUAUAAGGAAAACGGGAAAAGUAAUAAACUUUUGCAGGCUCAUGUAAUUUUUUUUCAAAAACUCUGUUUGUUGUGCGUUUUGUUAUUAUAUGUCAAGUUAAUAAAUUGUUCGAGUUUUUUGUAGUUUAUAUUUAUUUAAUUUUAAAGAAUGAAUGAAAUAGAUAUUAGUAAAAUUGGUCAAAAAGUGCGGUGACAGAGGAGGAUUUUAUUUUAGUGCUUCAGUGACUUCUCUAGGACUUUCUCCUUCCUUUGUAAAUGAAUAAUAACAAGUUAUCGUCUUGUGGUUGGUGUGAUAAACGAAUAUUUGGUCGAUUGAAACUAAGCGGAUGGUGUUUUGCAGUCUGUACGAGCCGCACUUUGACCCAACGGAUCUUUCGUCGCCGGACUCGUUGUGCAGCUUCGCGCCGCUGACGACGUCGCCGAUUCGGGCCAUGUGCGAGAGCGCCGGCGCCGUCGCGCCUCUUCAGCCCCUCAGCACUGAUCCCGGCGAUGAGCUGUUCCUCUCGCUCACCAGCAACUCCUACUCGGAGAUGAAGUCUUAUGUGAGUGUCCGGCUGGUGAUGCUCAAGAUUAUCAAGGACUUAGUGGGAGCCUUCCUAGGGCUCAUUUUAUAGAAAUUCGGGAUCGAUUUUCAUGCUUGAUCGUGUAUGUAGACCAAGUUUGAGCUAAAUAAUUUGAAGAUCUGUUUCUUUCCGUUCAUUCAUUCCUUUAUUUAUCCAGACAUCAGAGAAUUCAAAAAGGCUCUGCUGAAUAAUGGUAGAUCUAAAAAGCUACCUUUUGUUGCUUUCCAGGACUCUUUUAUACCUUUUGAUUGUUCUUGGAUAGUAUCAGCUCUCUCGAAAAAGUAUUGAUAGAGAUUUGAGCUCUGUACAUUUUUUUUGAAAACCUAAAUUAUAUAUUUCUGAGAUAGCAUUUUCAACUUUUUGAUAGGUCAAAGAAAAAAUUUUCUUCUCAAAAAAGUGAGUAGUUCUUGAAUAUCUGUGGGAAUCUAGGUGAUAAAAAAAAAUGAAAUGAAGGAGUUCAUUGGCUCGAGAAAUUCAUAAGAAUGGAAUAAAAUAGUUUUUAAGCUCUGAGCAUAAGUCGGAAAAAACAAUUUGAUAAGAAACGAAGCUUUUCGAAAGGGAGCUAGACUUAAUGUCGGGCCUUUUUACUUCUAUUUCUUAGUUUUCGAAGCUUUGUCUUCUAUAAAAAAAUAUCGUGAACGUUCAAAAAGUUAUAAGAGGAAAGAGUACUUAGGAAAUUUAUCAUGGGUUCGAUUUUUCAGUCGUUCCCUCUGGACUGCCCAUCUCACGUCCUUGAGCCCGAGCCAGUGCUGCUGACGGACCUCGACGCGGAGAACGACAGGUCUUACUCCAAGAAGCGACGCAGCAACGAGUCUUACGAGGAGUCCCUCAACAUCGCCUUCCAGAAGCGCAUAAAGCUCUAG